GCCAGCUUGUAAUAAUUAAUGAUAAUUAACCUGUAUCCAUAUUCCCACUGUUUCUCAAGCACCAAGCUUACCUAUCUUCUUCAAAUAGAUAAUCCACCUUCAUCAUUCAUUCUCCAUCCUCUCUCUAUCUCUCUGCAAAAACACCAUGCUGCUUCACCUGCAACAAAAACCCUUGUUCAUCUUCUUGUUGAGCUUCACAAUCUGGUCAUGGUGGACUCUUGACGGCGUCGUUUCAGACCCACAGCUCAGUUAUGUGAAAUCGGGUUGUAGCUCCUAUAACGUCAGCGACGUGACCAUCUUCAAUGAGAACCUAAACACAACGAUGCGAAGCCUAAGAGCUCAGAUCAGCAACCAAAGCAAACACUCGGCGACGGCGCAGGCGGUGAAGGGUAACAAUCCGGCGUACGGCGUUUUUCAGUGCAGAAACUACCUCUCCAUCAAAGACUGCCUCGCCUGCUUCGACAUCGCCGCUGUUCAGAUUUACAAUAACUGCUCCGUCGCCGCCACCGGCGCUCGCCUUAUUUACGAAGGUUGCUUCCUCAGGUAUGAGAGCAGUUUCUUCUACGACCAGUCCGUAGACGGUGGCAACCACCUUAUGUGUGGGAAUCGUGUUGUUAAAAACUCCACCGAACUUGCUUCAACAGUGCAACAAGUCCUAAAGAAUCUGGAAUUAGCAACACCAAGAAUCCCUGGGUACUUUGCAGCCACUAUAACACAAGUACCUAACAGUAAUGGUUCAAACAUUUAUGCCUUUGCUCAAUGUCUCGAGACUCUCACUCAAAGUGGCUGCCAGGAUUGUUUGGAGUCUGGGUUGAGAAAUUUUCAGAUUUGUCUUCCAAACUCAAAUGCUAAGAUUUUUUAUGCUGGUUGUUUCAUGAGAUACUCCACCACUGCGUUUUUUGCUGCUAAUCAGACCACUGAUCUCAAGAACAUCCUGAAACAAGGAGGUUCAACCAAGAAGAAGGCCAUUAUUGGUGGAGCCGUUGGAGGUGCAUCUUUUAUUUUGAUUCUCUUUGCAUUACUUGCUUUGUACAGACGAUCAUUGUCCAAGAGGGUUCAUAGAGUUGACGUUUUGGGAGCAACUGAGUUGAAAGGCCCGGUUAACUACAGGUAUAAAGAUCUAAAGUCUGCAACAAAAAAUUUCAGUGAAGAGAAUAAAUUAGGAGAAGGAGGCUUUGGUGAUGUAUACAAGGGUACACUAAAAAACGGAAAAGUAAUUGCUAUAAAGAAAUUGGCUUUGGAGCAAUCCAAAAAGAUGGAUGAAGAUUUUGAGAGUGAGGUAAAGUUGAUAAGUAAUGUUCAUCAUCGAAAUCUUGUUCGACUUCUCGGAUGUUGCAGCAAAGGCAAAGAGAGAUUCCUUGUGUAUGAGUACAUGAGGAACAACAACGUUGGCCAAUUCUUAUUUGUGUUGGAAAUAGGUGAAAAUAAAGGUUCUCUCAAUUGGAAGCAACGUUAUGGUAUAAUAUUAGGAACUGCAAGGGGUUUGGCAUAUCUUCAUGAGGGAUUCCACAUUUGCAUCAUACAUAGAGAUAUAAAGCCUAACAACAUCCUCUUGGAUGAUGAUUUCCAACCUAAAAUUGCAGAUUUUGGAUUGGCAAGGCUUUUGCCAAGUGAUCAAUCUCAUCUCAAUACAAAAUUUGCCGGGACGAUGGGAUACACUGCACCAGAGUACAUAAUGCAUGGACAAUUAUCUGAGAAGGUUGAUACCUAUUGCUAUGGUGUUGUAAUCUUAGAGAUCAUGAGUGGGCAAAAGAGUGGUGAAUUAAAGGAUGAUGAUAGGGAAUUCCUCCUUCAAAGAGCUUGGAAACUGUAUGACAGAGAAAUGCACAUAGAGUUUGUGGACAAAACCUUAGACGCAAGUGAGUAUGAUGCAGAAGAAGUAAAGAAAAUCAUAGAGAUUGGAUUGCUUUGCACACAAGCAUCUCCUGCAUCAAGGCCAACAAUGUGUGAAGUUGUUGAUAUGCUGGAAAGCAAGGAUGGCUUAAUGGAUCACAAGAGACCCACUAUGCCUGUUUAUGUUGAUCCUAAUCUGAGGCCUACUAGAGAUAUCUCUCAGUCUAGUAGUUCAUCUUUAUCAAAUGCUACUGACUCCACUUCUAUGCCAUCAGGAAGGUGAUAUGAUUACACAACUAUGUUGUAAUAACACUAAAGAUUUGAGUACAAUGAAACAUGAAUCCUGCCAAUAGGAUAGUUGACGUAAAAUAAUGGACACUUUGGCCUGUGAAAAGGCAGUCACAACUAUGCUGUUGUAACACGGUAGACUUAUUCCACUUAGUCUUGUUGGGUGUCUUCA